AUGUCCGCCACGCCAGAGCCAGAAGAAGACGGCUUUGACAAACGUCUCCGCCAACGAGUAGCGGCGAAGAGGGACCCGCUUGACACCGUUCCCCCAGACCCUGCUCACCAGCCCCGCGGACUCAUCCCGAACACGCCCCUCUCCGUGUCACUCAUAUCGUUUCUCCUCGGCUCUCUGUUCUCCUUCGGGCUCUUACUAUUUGUGACGAAUGGCUAUGGGCUGUACUGGUGGGCGACAUAUCAGCUCGGUUUCUUCCUCGCUAUCUGGUCAGCGUUUCACUGGGCCGAAUUCGCUGUCACGGCAGGCUGGAAUCGAGACAAAUGCAGCGUAGAUUCGUUCUUGCUAGAGAACGGUGCCAUGUAUCACGUGGCGCAUAGCGUCGCACUCAUUGAGUACCUGCUAACGCUGUACUUCGAACCUGGGUAUAAACAGUGGCCUUAUGUUUCCCUCGUCGGUAUCGCGCUCGUCUUAGUCGGGCAGACCCUCAGGUCCACCGCCAUGAUCCAUGCAGGAUCGAACUUCUCCCACAUGUUAGCCUAUCGGAAGAUUGAUGGGCACACUUUGGUCACCGGAGGGGUCUAUCGAUGGUUGCGACACCCUUCAUACGCAGGGUUUCUCUACUGGGCAUUGGGCACUCAGCUUGUUCUGCAGAAUCCAGUCAGCUUUGCGUUCUUCCUGGUCGUACUAUGGAGAUUUUUCCACAGUCGCAUAAAAACUGAAGAGCAGUACUUAAUUCGAUUUUUCGGCGACGACUAUCGCACCUACAAAUGUUCCGUGGGUACAAUGAUUCCCUUCAUACCUUGA